CACGUUGGGGACGGAAAGCAUGGCGGACAGUCUGGAGGAGAGCGUGAAACCAAAUAAAGAUGAAACACUCGAAGAUUCGAGUAGUGAUGAUGAUAACAGUCAGUUUAAUGGCGCUGAAAAUGAUGAAGCAGUGAAGACGUUUAAAGAUUUGGGUGUUACUGAGGUUCUGUGUGAGGCGUGUGAUCAGCUGGGAUGGAAGAGUCCAACAAAGAUCCAGAUAGAAGCGAUACCUGUGGCUCUGCAAGGUAAGGAUGUUAUCGGCCUGGCAGAAACUGGUUCAGGAAAGACGGGUGCUUUUGCUCUGCCCAUCCUUCAGUCCCUGCUGUCCUCCCCGCAGAGACUUCACACCCUUGUCCUCACCCCCACCAGAGAGCUGGCCUUUCAGAUCUCAGAGCAGUUUGAAGCCCUGGGCUCUAGUAUUGGAGUGAAAUGUGCGGUCAUUGUCGGAGGAAUUGAUAUGAUGUCCCAGUCUUUGGUAUUGGCUAAAAAACCUCAUAUAGUUAUCGCCACACCAGGGCGAUUAAUAGACCAUAUGGAGAACACAAAAGGCUUCUCUCUACGAGCUCUGAAGUUUCUGGUGAUGGAUGAAGCUGACAGAAUCCUCAACAUGGACUUUGAGACCGAGGUGGAUAAAAUUUUGAAGGUGAUUCCCAGAGACAGACGAACCUUCUUGUUCUCUGCUACCAUGACUAAAAAGGUCCAAAAACUCCAGAGAGCAGCUCUUAAAGAUCCUGUGAAGUGUGCUGUAUCUACCAAAUACUCCACAGUAGACAAACUGCAGCAAUAUUACAUCUUUAUACCAUCUAAGUACAAGGACUGUUACCUGGUGUCCAUCCUCAAUGAACUAGCCGGCAACUCAUUCAUAAUUUUCUGCAGCACGUGUAACAAUGCCCAGCGGGUGGCGCUGUUGUUAAGGAACCUCGGCAUCACUGCAAUCCCUCUCCAUGGCCAGAUGAGUCAGAACAAACGACUCGGAGCACUAAACAAGUUCAAGUCCAAGUCUCGAUCUGUGCUGCUGGCGACAGACGUGGCAUCCAGAGGACUCGACAUUCCUCACGUGGACUGUGUCAUCAACUACGACAUCCCCACUCACUCUAAAGACUACAUCCACAGAGUCGGACGAACAGCCAGAGCAGGACGGUCGGGGAAAUCCAUCACUUUUGUCACUCAAUACGAUGUGGAGCUUUUCCAGCGAAUCGAAAGCCUGAUUGGGAAAAAACUCCCGGCCUUCCCGACCCAGGAGGAAGAGGUGAUGAUGUUGGUGGAGAGAGUGAGUGAGGCGCAGAGAUUUGCCAGGCUGGAAAUGAAGGAGCAAGGUGAGAAAAGGAAAAGGCCAAAAGGAGGAGAUCGAGACGAGGAUGACACAGAACAAGCAAGUGGAGUGAGGAAGAAAGUGAAAGGAGGAGGAGGAGGAGGAGGAGGGAAAGGAGGCAUGAAAAAGAGAGGUGGAGGAGCCUGGAGGGGAGGGCGCUAAAGCCUCUAAUAUGAACAGACUGUACAUAACAACAACCUAACAUGCCUUAUUAUUGUUUUUCCUGUAAAGGCUGAUGAUAAAAACACAACGCAUUAACAUAGUGGCCAUUCUCCUUUGACUUUAAGCUAAAGUUUGGAAACUAAAACUAGUGUACUUUUCUAGUUUAGUGCUGCAAAUGAAAAGUUACAAAAAAGUACAUGCAAUUACAUAGCAACUAAAGCAAGGAAAGGAAAUUGAUGAUCCUAUGUAAGGUUAAACAACUACUUUGUUCACUUAAUGGCUACAGUUAAACAUCAGCAAGAGCACAGUGGAUUUGCAUAAUCCCUGAAGAGGGGUAGUCUUUCAGAAUAAGAAAGAAAGGCAUACAUUCAGAGCGAAUGCUGCCAUAAUACAAUAGAGAGUUGGCAUCUUAGCUUGUGAACCAGGGAAAGCUUUGCUGACAAUUUAAAUGUCAAAAUGCCAAAUAAAUGUCAGAGUUGUCCACCGUAGCUUUAGAGCAUGAGCUAGAAAUGUAUAAUCUAUGUAGAUUAAAGAAGCUGUCAUUGGCAAGAGCUUCACUGAUGACCACUGAGUAAUUUCUAUUUUGAACUCAAAGGU